AUGGCAGAUUCACCCUCACCCACCAAAACCCACAUCCCAUCUUCCCCCUCAGCAGCCACCAAACCCCCAAAAAGUAAGUCCCUUUUCACCAACUAUUACUUCUCCAAAUCUAUCAUGAUCAUACUUGUUCUUCUUGUUUUCUUUUAUUUCCCUUCUCAAGUUCCUGAAAUGUUCAAAGAAACCACAUUAAUCCCCAAACUUUGGGACCUUAUUUACCUUUUAGUCAUUGGCAUUGCGGUUAGUUAUGGUUUAUUCAGCAGAAAGAUUGAUAGUGUUCAUCUUUCUGAUGAUAAUAUUGGGGAAAAUGAAACAUAUUUAUCUGGGAUUUCACAUAUUUCAUCCAUUUUUGAAGAUGGGAAUCAUGGGAUUGGGAGUUUGUAUGGGUUUGAUGAGAAAUCUUGGGUUGAGAGUAAGGGUUUAGGUUCAAGAUUUUCUGAAAUUGGGGGUGGGAAGAAGGCGUUGAAGCAGUGCUUUUUAGGGGAAUCUUUGGUGGUUAUUAAUGAUGAAAAAUAUGUUCUUGAGCAAUUGGGUAGUAGACAAAAAACAGUUAGACAAAAUCUUGGAUCUAAAAGUUUGGAUUCUGCUGUUGGGAAAUCAGUUGUUGAAGAUUCUGAUUCUGAUUCUAGAAACUGGUUUAAAGAAAGCAAAAGUGGAAAGUUUAGGGGUAUGGUGCCAGUUAAGUUGGAUGAAAAGUUUAAGGAAAGUGGGAAUGAUUCUGGUUCUGAUUCUGAUUCCAGAACGCGAUUAAACCGGCGUUCUAAAUCGAUGAGAUUGGAGAAACACGAUGAUAUGUUUACUGCGGAAGAGAAUGAAACUGUGGUGAGAUUUGGGAUGCCAUCUAAGACCAAGAGUUUCUCAGAAAAAGAAGAAUCGAAAGGCGAAGAGGCGAUAGAGGUUAAUCAUAGGUACAGGAAGCCGUAUCAAAAAUCAUUCGUGGAGUCUAAGCUUCAAGAAUCUGUUACUGGUGGUAUUUCUGUAGAGGCGGUGGAGCUUAAUAAUCAUAGGUACAGGAAGCCGUCGUAUCUGAACGGUGAAACAUCUUUCGUGGAGGCUAAAGUUCAAGAGCCUAGUGCUGGUGGUUUUACUGAGAUUAACCAACAGAAAAAGAAGAGUCGGUUUAGCGCGACGGAAGCUGUGAAAGAUUAUGAUGGUACGUCGGAUGAAGAAAUUGUGAAAGAUUUUGGUAAGAUUAAGGCUGAUGAUGGCGCAUUCGAUUCAAAAAAUAACAAACAGUUUGUCAGGUCAAAGAGUCAAUCAUCUAGCACCGGUGCAUCUUCUGAGACCUUAAGGAACAUGUUAAGAAAAGAAGAGAAAGCAGACAUGUCGAGUUCGAUUCCUAAACCUGCCACGAAUGUCAAAAGGGGUAAAUCGGUCAGAACAAACAGAUCAAAAGAACAAGUUGUUGAAUCAAAAGGUAACAUGUUUCAGAUUCAUACUGAUGAUGCUAUAGUGGAAACUAGAUCAAAACCGGGAACAGAUGAAAUGAAUGUGAAUGUGAAUGUAAAUGCUGCUGAUGAAUUGAGCGACACCGAACCUCAUUCUGGUGAGGUUGAUAGGAAAGCAGAGGAGUUUAUAGCCAAGUUCAAAGAGCAAAUUCGGCUUCAGAAAGUCGCGUCUGCAAGGAAGUUAAAUCUGUUGUAG